GCUCUCUCCGUCUCAUGUCUCAAGUCUCCGACGGGUCUCUCUCUCCUGCUCACACUCACUCACUAUUUCGCCCAGGCCGAGAAACAAGCUCGGCGGCAUUCUCAGUCAAACAACAAACGCAACUGAAGUAACAACGAGUCCGUACCGCGUACCGCCCCCGAAACAAAAGUGAAAUUCUAUAAGAUCCCGGGUCUUUGGCCAAACCACCCAGGAAUAUCGCCGCGAUAAGCUGGAAAUCAAACAAAUUCAACGAAAACUCACCCCGAAAGUUAUGGUAUUUGAUUCCGCGGAAGGUCGGAUCGAGUGCAGUGCUUAAUGUUCCAGCUGCGGAGAGAGGUCAGCGAGAGGUUCGGAGUCUGGGUGCAGCGCCUCCUCGUCAUCGUCCUGCACCUUUGGCACCGCUCCAGCAUGUCCUUCGUUCGCGGCCGCCAGGAGGCGUUCAAGUGGAUUAAACGCCGACUGGCCAGGAGACGAAGUCACGCUGACACGAACAUCGAGGCAGGGCGAGCAGAAGCAGCUGUUUCUGGUUCUGGUUCAGGAGCAGGAGCGGAAUUAGCCGAGAUCUUGGUGGCGAGUGACACGCAAAUCGAUGUUCCUGGUGGGGGAAGUCCAGGAGGGCAGAUCCCGAGCAUAGAGAGCCCAGAGUCCCCGUUCGCGGCCACUGACAGGGACAUGAAAGGGGCCAGAGCAGCGCCCAUAGCUCGCGACGACGAGGAUCAGGAGGCGGAGGACCCGGAGGAGGAACCUCCAGAGGUGGAGCAGCUGUCCGCGAAUGCUAAUUAUGUGUGCUGUCGAUACCCGGGAACAAGCUCUGCCUCCUCCUCCACCUCGGCGGCAUCAGCAACUUUGAACCGCAGCAAGUCGCGGGUUCAAAAGUACCUCAAGAAGUGCAAACAGCGGCUAACGGGUCAGCCCAAGAUGCCAACUAGCAGUUCCACCAACGCGACCACCAUCACCCUGAUCAGGAAUGAGCCAGCACCCACGACACUCGAGGAGAGGGAGUCCGAGGAGGAGCAGGAGGAGGAUCUGGCGGAGGGCAGCACCGGGUCCUAUACGGAUGCCCUGCCCAUCGACUGCAGUCUGAGUGCCAGCAUUGCCGAGGAACAACAGCAGGCGGUCGACGAGCUGGAGCCGCCGAAGGAGGAAGUCCCACUGGAGAUAGAGAGUAACCCCGGAGGAAUCCCGAUACCGAUGCCAACGCGACUUCCUGCCGACGUGGACGCCACGCUGGCCCGGCUGAUUGACAGCCAUCUGUCGCACAUUUAUCCCGUCUACUGGGCACGCACGCGUGCGAUUUUAAUCCAGCAGGCACGUGAGCGACUCGUGUGCGGAUUCGACGGCAGUUUGGCCCGCUUCGAGCAGCGAUUCCUAUGCAAAUUUGCUCAAAUUGCCGCGGCUCUCCGCACGGCCCAUCAAACUGGCGAGUCCUGGUUAUGGCAUCCCGGCUGGCCCCUGGCAACAUCCAAUGGAGCGCUGGUCUUGCAGCUGAGCGACGCUGAGAUCGCGCACGCACUUCGCCCGGCGGAGCUGUAUCUCUGCAUCAAAUUGGAAUCUUCAGCAGAAGGCGACGCGGACUGCACACCGCGGCUCUAUGCUGUUUGGCGCUCGUCCCGCAAGGAGGAGAGCGUCCAGAGCCACUGCAUCGACCACGAGAAUCCCGGCCAGUUGCCCCUGAGCGUGCUCCAGCUGGAAAUGUCCACGGCAGCGGCGGCACUGAUGGCAUCGGAUUGCGGCGAGCUGCCGCAACUGCUGCAGAAUCUGCUGGUCAGCGUGGAGCGCAGCAUCGAGCGCGUUUCGCUGAACGAGCUGCAGAUGCCGAUGCAUCCUGGCCCCGGGGAGGAUGCCCUCGACGAGGCCAACAAUAAUGGCUGCAAUAGCAACAGCCUGGUGGGUUUGGGAUCACCCAAGUGCGCGUUGCGGCGCAGCGAUUUGAUUACCAAAAACAAACUGUUCAACAGCCGCUACAUGCUGAGGCGCCUAACCAAUCGGCAGGACAGCAUGAACUCCACCUCGUCGGGCAACAGCAAUGUGAGCGACAGGAGCAGCAGCUCCAGUUGCAGCUCCAGUUCGAGUGCCGGCGAGGAGCUCCUGACCAGCAGCUCGGAGGCCAAAAAGAGGAGCAUCGGUGGUAACGAGGCCAGUGGCGCCUCCACCUCGCCGGCACUGCCCCUCUUUUGUCUCGGCAACUCAUUUCCGCACAUCGACAGCGAUGAGGAGCCCAGCGAUAGCAUCGGACCGGGGAAACACCACAGUCUGGAGACCUGCGAGACAGAGCUACUGCCGCCCAGCUCGAUUGGCGAGCUGCCUGAGAAACUGCUGACCAGCGGUGUCUAUUUACCAGGCACACGCACCCUCCAAGGCGACCCACUUGUGAGCGUGGACGCGGCCUGUGUGGCGUCCGCCGGCCUCAAUUGCUACGAGCUGGCCACGCUGCUCCUCUACUACAGCACAAUUCCCGAGCGAAGCUCCUGCCCCUUCUCCGCCCCGGCAACACCCGGAACGACGGCAACAAUCAAUGGCCAUAAAAGCACCGAGCAGCAGCAGCAGCAACAGCAGAAACAACAACCCGCCCAACAGACAUUUACCAUUUUAAUUGCCAUCGAGAAGUCUCAACAUUUAUGCGUAAUCGACUUAAUUUGCCAAAGUCUCAGACUCUUAGCCAAGCAAAUUGGCAAUUGUGAAAUUUUGGCCGUUUGUUCCGAUUCGAGUCUGCUGCAAUUGUGCAACGAGCAGCAGCAACAGAAGCAGCAGCAGCAGAACAAUAACAGUGAUCACCCGGAGCCGUCGUCGUCGCCAUCGCCAUCGUCAUCGCCAAUGGAUUUGGUUAAAUUCAUUAGCGUGGACCAAGUCACGACAAGUGUUGCGCCAUCGCAGCUGCCCGCUGGAUUGCUGCCCUCCGUGCCCGCCCUAUCCAGCCUGGCGGGGAUUAGCCAGCGGCAUCACGAUGCCACCAAGUGGCGCGAGUUUUUCGCCCAACUGGAGGCCUUUCAGCGCCAAUGCUCGACGGCCGGCGGUCGGCUGGUGAGUGCCCUCAGCGAAAUACGCGCCGCCGAUCUUCAGGGAUUGCCCACGCGCCGCCAACUUUAUGGCCAGCAUCGCGCCCUCAGUCGUGCGCUGAUGGACUCGCAGCUCCACAGUCUCCGCAAGAUGGGUGCUGGCCAGUUGGCCAGGCUUCAGGAUCUGGCCAGGGCCAUCACCUCUGCCCCUCCAGCUUCGCCUCGGAUGACGUCACCGGCUUCGGUCAAUAUCACACCACCAUCUUCGGGGGCAUUCCUCAACGUGGAUGCCGCCUGCAAGCUGCGCAAGGUGACGCUCCUCUUCAACGAAGUCGACCGAGCGGCCCAGCGACUGGAACAGCUGACGGAGCAGCGCAGGGAGCGACUCAGGCAACUGACCAGGCAACGAGCUCUCGAGGAUGAGAUCAGUGAGGUCACCUCUUGGCUGGGCAGCGAUGGAGCGGAGAAUCUGCAAAAGUUUUCCCACUUGCAAUGGGACAACGAAUCGCAGCUGAGGACCCAGGAGCAGGAGUUCGAGAAGUACUACUUUAUAGCCAUGAAACACUUGGCCAAAGGACGGGACCUGCAUGCCGCUGCCUUGAAAGUUUCCGUCCUGAGCGAAAGCGCCAAUAACCUGAAGUCCGCCCUAGAUCAAUUUGGCCAGAAAUUGGAGCUGGCCCACGAGCGUUUCGAGGCAGCCGCCCGCCUGCUGCACUUGCUCACCCAGCAUCAGCGGGAAACCGCUGCCAGGGAGGAGCUGCAGCGCCUGGCGGAGCAACUGGGCGCCACCGCGUUGCUGGAGAAGCACUGGCCGGCGAUGAGGAAGAGCCACUCGCUGCCGGUGGCCAGUAGCACACCAGCUCCGACCGCUGGGAAGAGGGUCAGCUAUCGUUGCAGCUCGGCCAGCGGCAGCUCCUUCGAGGGAGGUCCUUCGAGCAGCAGCUGCAGCUGCUGGCGGGAGAGCCGCAACCUGGAGGACAUGGACCAGAUGGACGAGGAGGAGGAGGAGCAGGACUGCGACGGCGGCGAUGGAGAGGAGCAGCAGUCCAAGAUUGCCGAUUCCGGAGUGGGCGUCUGCGAUAACUGCGAACGCAAUCCCAAGCUGGCCAGGAUCUGCUCCUGCCAAAGCCUCAACGAAAAGAGUCACGACGAACUCCUCGAGGACGAGUGCUUCGAUCGACCCUCGAAGAGGUACAUGGACAUGCACUCGCCCAUGGAGGCGAAUGCCCAUCUGCAGUGCCAUGGCUCCAGUCUGGAGCUGCCCAAGCUGGAGGAGCUCAGCUGCCUGGAUCCCAAGAUACAAAAAACGCUUCUAUUGAUCAUGCGCGAGAUGAUUGGUACCGAACGCGACUACGUGCGCUCCCUGUACUACGUGAUCGAGAACUAUAUAGACGAGCUGCUGCGCGAGGAUAUCCCCCAGCCGCUGAGGGGCCAGCGCAAUGUGAUCUUCGGCAACAUCGAGAAGAUCUUCGAGUUCCACAACUCGCACUUUCUGGGCGAACUGGAGCGGUACGAGCGGAAUCCUUUAAAAGUGGGAGCUGCCUUCCUGGAAAUGGAGUCCAAGUUCUACCUAUAUGCUCUGUACAACAAGAACAAGCCCAAGAGCGAUACUCUGCUUAGCGAAUAUGGCAGUUCAUUCUUCAAGCCGAAACAAAUUCAGCUCCAGGAUAAACUGGAUCUGGCCUCAUAUCUGCUGAAACCUGUGCAGAGGAUGGGAAAAUAUGCUUUGCUGCUGCAGCAAUUGGUCAAGGCCUGCAAGGAAGUCGAAGGAGCAGCUCUUCAAGAGAUCGCUGCGGAUGUGGAGGAACUGCAGCGGGCGGAGGAGAUGGUCAAGUUCCAGCUGCGCCACGGUAAUGAUCUGCUAGCCAUGGACUCACUGCGCGAUUGCGAUGUCAAUGUGAAGGAGCAGGGACGACUGCUGCGCCAAAAUGAGUUCCUCGUUUGGCAAGGACGCGGUGGCAAGAAGACCCUGCGACAGGUGUUCCUCUUCGAAGAACUGGUGCUCUUCAGCAAGGCUCGUCGGUUUCCCGAUCACAAGAAUCUGGACAUCUACAUCUACAAGAACAGCAUUAAGACUUCGGAUAUUGGCCUCACAGCGCACACAGGCGAUUCGGCCACCAAGUUCGAGAUUUGGUUCCGGAAACGGAAGCCCGACGACACUUGGAUGCUGCAGUGCAUGUCGGAGGAUAUCAAAAAUGCCUGGACCGAGGAGAUCUCCAAGCUGCUCUGGAAGCAGGCGAAACGAAACCGAGAGGUUCGUCUGGCGGAGAUGUCUUCUAUGGGCAUUGGCAGUAAACCCUGCCUGGAUAUUCGACCGAGCAACAACCAGAUCAGCGAUCGCUCGAUUCCACUGGCGCAGCUGAACAAGACCCCCAAGCUGCGUCACUCGGAGCCGGGAAAGGGCAGCAUGCGACGGCCCAACUCGCUGAUCUCGGAGAGCUCCUUGUCCAGCGGCACCAGCACCACCAGUGGCUCCUCCAUCAGCGGAGGCUCCACGUCGGGUCACCACGAUGCCGUGGGCAGGCAUAGCCUGCACUUUGGCAAGUUGCCGGGACCACACAGCACCAGUUCCACCAACUGCAGUGCCACCCUGGAGUUGAUCAACGAAACGCAGGCCCUGAAGUUGGGCAAAUCUCCGAGUGGAGGAGGAAUCAAGGGGACGGAAACCGCUGCCGAGGGAGGCAGCACUUCCGGAAAUGGAAAUGGAAGCGGAAACGGACUCGGGAACAGCAAACGACACCACAAACGAUCGACAACCAUUGUCAGCCAGCUGUCCAUGGAGAGCGGCAUUGUCUCCGACAUGUGCGUAACCCCGGAUCAGGAGCAGUCGGCGGCGGAGAGCAGCCGGAGCAGUUGGUCCACGUCGACGACAACGGCAUCCGGAGCUUCGACGACCAGCGCAUCCACGGUGAUCCUGCGGCGAUACCGAUCCUACGCCCAUGCCGCGGAGUCCGCCAGUCCGGACAGCGGCAAAUAGGAGCUCCUGGAGCAUCGAAUCUAGAUUUAUUAGUACAUAGGAAUCCCAUUUAUAGCUUUAGCAGAACGGUUUCAUCGGAUCCAGAUUGUACCAUUACGUUCGAUCCCUAAUUUUAAUUCAUUAUUUUUGUUAUUUAUUAUUUAUUACAUUUUUAGUUUUCGUUAAUUUGUCAUAGUCGCUGCUUUUGGUUUGGCCUUGUUUUUUCGGAAAACUCAAUUGAAAUUAUUGAAUUCAGCGUGUCAAUGUCGAAGCGUAUUUCACAUGUAGUUCUUAGUCCACACAAAACACAAUCGAACGAUCCAUACACACAGAAUCGAUGGGAGCCAUGAGCACCACCCAAAAAAAAGGGGCGUGGCCGAUGCCCAACAUAUCUGAAUCGAAGUUCAUUACGUACAGUUAGUUGAUAUGUAACCUAAGUGCCUACAUCUAAAGUAAUCGUAAACGAACAUAAAAAUAUAUAUCUAUACAUUAUAUUAAAUCGAUAAAUAAGUAUAAGCGAAAAUUUAAAAUCAAUAAAUGUUGCUUCAAUGUAAAACGA